GGGACAGUUGUUUUGGUCUUCACUACUGUAUGUAAUGUGUGUUUUUGCUGUGGAGCUUUGUUGCUGAAACAUCAAAAGAGGGUUUUCCUUGUCCAUCUUUGUGAUUCUGAGCCAUCAGCGUAUGUCCUUUUGGCCUAAGGGAUUAGGAACACUGCCACUGCCACUGCCACUGCAAACUGGAUUUAUGGAGUUGGAGUUGGACUGAAUCAAUCAUUACUCAGUAAUAAUUAACCAGAGUGAACAGGACUCGAGCAGGUACAGCUUCUUGUGCCAUACUAAGCAGAAAGCCUGAGUGAGAGCAGACAGCCAUGACCCACAGGCUAUUUGAGGAGAAACACCAUGCUUCUAUUUACCAGAAGUAUCGCAUAAGUCCACCAGAUAAACUGAAGGAGCUUAUUUUAGAGUAUCUGGACAACAAGAAAGGACCCCCCUAUGAGCUGGCUGUGGACUUGGGUUGUGGUACAGGACAGAACACUCGUCUACUUGCAUGUCACUUUAAGAAGAUAGUGGGCCUUGAUGUCAGUGAAAACCAAUUGGAAGAAGCCAGGGCAGUGCCAGGUUUUGAAAACGUCACUUACAGAUCAGGUUCAGCAGAGGAGCUGCCAUUUCCUGAUGGAUCAGUGGAUUUGCUGACUGCUGCAUCUGCAGCUCAUUGGUUUGACCCGGAACGUUUCCUUAAUGAGGCUACACGUGUGCUGAAGCCUUGUGGCUGUAUAGCCCUUCUGGGUUACACUGACCAGUUCAGCUUACGUUAUGGCUCCUGUGGUGACGAACUGGACAAGAUCUUUGCAGAGGUGAAGAACGUUGCCAGGCUUUAUGCUAGCAGUAAUGUGGCUGUGGCCAACAGCAAAUUGCAGGAUUUAUUCGAAGCUAUUCCUUUUUCAGACAAAAAGAGGCUUGAAAAUAUUCCAUUGAAGAUGGAGAUGACAGUUGCUGGCGUGGUUGGCUUUGUGGAGUCUUUUUCCUAUUACCAGACCUACUUUAGGAAAGAUCCUCAAGCUGCAACAUCUUUAUUAGAUUCAGCUAUGAAAAGGGCUUUGGAAAAAAUGGGUGUCUCAUCACCAGACACGGAGUUGGAGUUCACUAUAGACUUCUACUGUGUGCUGGCAUGUAAAGAACAGUGAUUCUAAGCAGCACAUAUCGAGUUUAGGGACUGUGUAACAUAAAUGACAUUUUACUGCUUAUUUGCAAAUGUGCCUGUUAAGCACCAUUAUAUGUUCCUUAUGACAUUUUUUAAUCAAAUGUCUCCUCUGACAGAAAAUUUUUAAUUUACACUAGUAUCACAUAGUAUCACUACUUAGAAAAUGUCAGAAAAUUUGCAUUUUUGUCAGAAUUAUAAAUAUUUUAUAAAUAUAUAUAAAUUAUAUAAAUAUUCAUUCGGAUUCAUGAUGUGGGCUGAUUCAGCUUGUACUGUAAAGAUAGAAGGUUGGUGUAAGCAUGUCUUAUUGUGUUCUAGCAUUCCAGAAGAUGCAUUUAAGUGUGUGGCAUGUGGUUUUGUAUAGCCUUGCGUGCACUGCUUUUGUUCCAAAUCAUGAUUACAAUCACCUGUUGACAUCACCAGUCUAAUAUCACAUAAUUAUUUAGUUUUUAACCUUUUUUCCAGCUCUACAUUGCAUUGUCCAAAUUUUGUUUGAGAAUGUGCAGUCCUGAAAUCAUACAAAACAUAAAAUAUCUUGGGUUCAUACUGUCUACAAUGAAAUAAAAGUCAAAGUAAAUGUAAGAAACUCAACUGUGGUUUUUCCUAAUUUGUAAAUCAGAAAAAACAGCAUCUAUAGGCUAAAGUGUUAAGUAUUGAGUGUGACCUCCCCUUACACUUAAACAAUAGCAAGAACCCGGCUCUCACACUUCUAUUUGGUUUGGUUAGAUUAACACUUUACCACAGGUUGGCGAUUUACUUACUUAAUAUUUAUUUCAUAUUUCAUCACCACACUGAUGGACACAUGAUGUAAGUUCCUAUUUAUGUCUUUAUCUGAAAGCUUGCUAAAAGCAGGAAAAGAUGGAGCAACAUACUGGCUGACUAUACUGAUUCAUUGGUUUCACACAUAAGUGAGUAUUAAUCAACAGAAUCUUAUUUUUACAGUUGCAUAAUAAAUAGUAAAGUACAAAUAUACACAAAGUAUCCAGCCUGCAGUAAGGGUGUAGACCUAACAAACCAAAAUUGGAGCUAUCUAGUGUGGAGGAAUAUGUUUGUGUUGCCUGGAAACUGUUCAGGACUAUUUGUGUUGGUGAAGUAAAAUAAAAAUAAUUGUAAAAAAAAAUGAAAUGAUGAUGAAAUCUGUGAGGCUGCCCUGCGUCCUCUUACUUACGGCCUAAUUACAAUGUGCUGAUAUUCAGUAUACUGGCUCAACCACAAGUGUGGUAUUGCUUCAUAAUAAUACAGAAGCCUGGGUACAUUGUCUUUCCAGUUUUAUCCACAAUUUCUGUAAUAUUCUGCUUUGAAUAUUCUGCACUGUAUUAAUCACAUAUAUAAAUAAAAUAUCUAAUGUUA